AUGCGCAGACGGCCAGCACGUGAUGCACCCGAGACGCUCCGCGGCAAUAUGCAAAUCAAAGUGGUUGCUCGCGCAAGAGAGGCGCCUCUCUGCUUUCAAAACCACUCACCAAACCGCGAAAUCAUGGGAGCGGAGAGUCAUCCGUGUGUUUCUGCACUUCAACAAGCUUCUGGCUGGUGUGGUCAUCCCCACAGCGUGCCGUAUUCGCACUCGCUGACCCACGUCAUGGCAGGGGCCACAGUGCGACGGCCUUGGCGCUGCGCAGCGAAGCUGCUGUCAACAAGCGUGUGCAGAGAGAAGGCAAAGGCCCUCUCCGCCCUUGAAGUCUUGCCUGAUCCGACAGAGCAUCGGCGCGAACCACCAACAAGCAGUCACGUCAGUAGAACAGUUCGGGAGGCAAGCAUAAGGAGUAUCGGCUAUUUGCCUGUAGACAGCCUGGACCAGUGCAAAAUAGACCGUUGA